CCUUUUACUUGCUUUUCCUUUUUCCUCGUUUAGAGCAAACAAGCGAUUCGGCUUUUAUCGAUUAAAUCGUUCGUUAUUACACAAUGGCCACCAACAUCACCUGGCAUCCCUCCCUCUCCCGCCGCGAGCGCAACCAGCUCCGCAACCAGCGCGGCCUCACCAUCUGGCUGACGGGCCUCUCCGCCUCGGGCAAAUCCACCGUCGCCACCGCGCUUGAGCAGCAUCUCCUGCACCUGGGCCUCGCCGCCUACCGCCUCGACGGCGACAACGUCCGCUUCGGCCUCAACAAGGACCUGGGCUUCUCCGAAAAGGACCGCAACGAGAACAUCCGCCGCAUCUCAGAGGUCGCAAAGCUCUUCGCCGACGCCUCCACCAUCGCCAUCACUUCCUUCAUCUCGCCCUACCGCGCCGACCGCGACCUCGCCCGUGAGCUGCACGCCCAGACCAGCCAGGACGGCGACGAGCCCAUCCCCUUCGUCGAGGUCUUUGUCGACGUGCCCCUCGAGGUUGCUGAGCAGCGCGACCCCAAGGGCCUCUACAAGAAGGCUCGCGCCGGCGAGAUCAAGGAUUUCACUGGCAUCUCUGCUCCCUACGAGGAGCCUGCCAACGCUGAGAUCACAAUCAAGACUCACGAGAACACCGUUGAGGAGUGUGUUGCACAAAUCACAAACUGGCUCAGCGCCAAGGGCUACAUCAAGAGUGAGGUCAAGAACUAGAAGUGAGAAUUAUAAGGAGGGAGGAAAGAUGCAAGGAAAAGGGAGAAGAUAAAACAACGUACGGACACAGGAAUAAUCACUCCUGGUCUUUGUUCAUAUUGCAAAGGAUUGAUUGAUAUAGAACAACGUGAAACGAAAAAGGGAAAAGAGUCUCAUUAAGGACACAGACAAUAAUGAUAGAAUACAGGCGUCUGACGCUUUUAGAAAAAAAAAUACAUCUCUAUGCCACGCUC